CCGUGCUGGAGGACGGGGCGCGGCUGGGGACACGGCGUCCGCGGCGGGGCUCGAUCGGGCGGCGGCGGCGGCUGCGGCUGUCCCUCCUCUUGCAUCCCGUUGCUCCUCCUUUUCUUCCUCCUCCUUUCGUUUCCGGCCGGGUCUCGUUCACUUCCCCUAACGGCGGCCCUGAUCCUCCGGUCCUGAGGAGCCCGGGAGGCGGAAGUAAAGGCAUGACUUCCCGGCACCGCAGGGAAAAUAGGGUGCAAGCCCAGAAACUAUUUCCCCACCACCACUUGUUGAAAAACUGAUUCGAAGGCGUCUCGAGGUCGAAACAGACGGAAAGUGCAAGGAUUGGAUGCGUCUCUCUGGUUUUGUAGCGGAGAACCUCAGUAUCGAAAAAAACACUGGAAACUAAGCCGGUGAAUCUUUAUUCAAAGUCAAAAUGGAACGAUUUGUAGUAACAGCACCACCUGCUCGAAAUCGGUCUAAGACUGCCUUGUAUGUGACACCUCUGGAUCGAGUCACUGAAUUUGGAGGUGAACUUCAUGAAGAUGGAGGAAAACUCUUCUGCACUUCUUGCAAUGUGGUUCUGAAUCAUGUUCGCAAGUCUGCCAUUAGUGACCACCUCAAGUCAAAGACUCAUACCAAGAGAAAGGCAGAAUUUGAGGAGCAGAAUGUUAGAAAGAAGCAGAGGCCCCUGACUGCAUCUCUUCAAUGCAACAGUACUGCACAAACAGAGAAAGUCAGUGUUAUCCAGGACUUUGUGAAAAUGUGCCUGGAAGCCAACAUCCCCCUGGAGAAGGCUGAUCACCCAGCAGUCCGAGCUUUCCUGUCUCGCCAUGUGAAGAAUGGAGGCUCCAUACCUAAGUCAGACCAGCUGAGGAGAGCUUACCUGCCUGAUGGCUACGAGAAUGAGAAUCAGCUCCUCAACUCACAAGAUUGUUGACAAGGCCAUUGUGAUCAAGAUAAAUGAUGUGGAGUAUUAAAGUUAAUGUGUUGAUUGUGUGCUUCAUUUUUAUAUUUAUUUCAUUUAAAAUCGUGAUACAGAAUAGUUUUGCAAUGUGUAUAUAGUUGCAGGCAAAAGGAAAAAAAAAGAUCUCACUACAGAAGUUACCAUUACUUUUAGUCACCAAUGGUAUAAAGCAAAACUUAGGUAUAGAGUGUUUUAUGGUAUCUGAAACCUGAUGGUUAUCUUUCAAAUUGAUGGUUUUUCUCCUGAAGUGUUUAUGCAUCGAAGAACUGCCCUGCUUUUUUAGCCCAUUGGCCAUGUAUGGUAUUUGGAUUGAGAGCUAGCCUGAGAAAUUGAAGCUGCUGCCAGGCCACACCACUCACAGUAGGUCAAAGGAAUUAAGAGUACUUUCCAAAUAGAAGGGAAGGUGGGUAAUGUUCUGAAAGCCUGAGAUCCCUAGGAGAAAUGACCAUUCAUUUCAAACUGCGUUUUAUUUGUAUAUGAGGUAAUUACCUAACCAUCCUCCACUUCCUCAGUCUCUUUUUGCUUUCAAAGACUUGUAUUUAGUAGCAGCUUCAAGUGACCAAAAGAUUAAAAUCUCUUAAUGUCAGUGCCAAAAGCCACAUGGAAUUUUGCAGUGACAGGAUUUUAGUCUCUUACUAUGAACACAAAUCUUUGAACCAUAAAUUUCAUGUUAAACACCCAUCUGGGAUUUGGAAACUUUUCUAUGUCUUGGUGUUAAAAGACUACAGGAUUGAUCUUUUCAUUUAAGCACUGGUUCAGUUCCUCUUUUUACAAGUAAUUAGUAGUUACUUUUUGAUUGACAUUAAAUAAUAAGAAAAUUGCUUUCUAUACAUUAAUUUUUCCAUAAGAUUUUAUAAGAGUUUAUUUAGAUAAAUAGACUAGAAACAAGUUUUACUCUUACCUGCUUUGCCUCUGGUGGUACAGGUUUUUAAAGUUGGAUGCUAAUCCGUUGUCUCAAAUAGAGGCAAGAAUUUUGUAAUGGAGAGAGCAGGAUGCUGCCUUAUGAAGUAAUCAGUUCUGUUAAAGGUCAACCAUAUUUAGGUUCUCUGACCCUCACUAUCCUGUAAGGUUAUUAAAUUAGCUCAGAAAAGUCCUUCAUCAGAUCUAAAUUACAAUUUUUAAAUUUUUGGUAAUGAAAGACUUGGACUAGAGCUUUAAUAAAAAAUCAAAUAUUUGAAAACAUUGAAGUUUAAAAUUAUUUCUAUUAGACAACAGUGGCAAAAUAUCCCUUAUGACUUGGAAUUAUCUGAGGUCAUUCUGCCACAAAUUGCCCUUAAAUAAAAAGCCAAAGUUAGUAAGAAACAUAAUACAGUUCAUGCUUUAAGAGCAGCUUGUCUUGAGUCUUUUGUAGACUUAGUGUUCCUAAUUCAGGUAUUCAUAGUAAGUGGUUUAUUUUAAAGGCCUGCUAUGAAAAAUCAGUUCUCAAAAUUUGAAGUUUCCAUGUUUCUCAUGUUUGGUUAUAUUCAUAGCACAAUAGAUGCCUAGAGUAGUGCUGCAAGUUGGUAAAGUACACGAGAGACCAGCAGCAAAGUGUAAACAAUAUUUUGUUUCCUCUUCCUCUAGGAAAAAAUUUGCAGGCAACCAUGUUUAAAUUAUCUAAAAUGAUAGAUCUAAGUAGCUAAGAAAAUAAUUGAGUUUUAUAGUACUAUUUUCAGAAUAAACAGUCUAAUUUUUCAGAAUUCCAUGUGAUUUGGACUGUUCUUUGGAUAUUAAUUUGCACCAUCAGUAAAUGGCAGAACAGCUCUUGGUAGUCUAGUAAAAUGAUUGAUGUUGCAUUAAAGAAAUUCACAUUGAGUAGCUUGUAGUUAUUACUGACUUCAUAAUCAGUUCCUUCCUGUAUUACUAUUUUUCCAGGUUUGCAACUAUUCCCACAUUUCACCAUCUCAUUCUCUUAGGCUUAUAUCAUGUCCAUAGAAUGAGUUUUAAUCCUCUUGAAAAGAAGUUAGUAUUAAUGUUUCUUCACUUAUCAAAGUUUGUUUCUUGGAACUGGUUAAAUUUGUCUUGGAAAUAAUACAGAAUGGUUAUGUUAGCCUGUUCAGACUGGUAAGAUUUUGCGAAACCAUGAUUGGCAUGUUAGAUGACAGAAGAGACUGUCGAAAGGGCAUGUGCUACUUGAGGCAAAGUGAACAUGUACAAAAGCUUUCCAUCUUACAGUGUUAGUGAUGCUAUAGGAAAAAUAGCAACUCUUUUUUAUAAGUUGUAUGUAUAAUCAUAAGCUUUGUAAUACUUCAUUUAUAAAUUGUCUUCAACACAUGCUUACCUAUUAGUGUUUUCUCAAAGUAUGGUAGUAUGUCUUCCAGAAUUACACUAUAUUCUGACAGUAAAUAGUUCUAGCUGUUGAAAUGUUGAAUUUCUUGUUGGUUUCUUUUUCAUUAUAUGGGGGCAUAUAGCAAGCCUGGAAGACAUUGUAAUCAUUUUUUACAGAGUGAAAAUUUAGAGAGAUUGUGUAUGAGAACCUAUAUAGUUAUGUUAUCCAUUAUCUUUAAGGCUUUCUAUUUAACUGCUACUUCAGUUAAUGCCUAUGGCCCUACUGAAUUUUAAGGGACCAGAAAACAUUUAAGAAGCUUUACAUCUUACUAUUGUAAGUACCGUUGGCAAGCUUUCCAAUCUGAUACUUUUGCCUGAGUUUGUACCUAAAUGUUAAUGGAAAUACAUAAUUUUCAUUAAAAGCAGAAUUUAAGGUGGCCUAAAGUAAACGUCACAAUUGGUCAUCUGAUGCUCAGUCUUUGUAAGGGCUUUCCCAUGUUUGACUUACCUCAGCUGCCAUCAAAUGAGGACAAAUCACCUCAAAAUGUAUUAAAAUGGAUUGAUUUACAUGGAAGAUUGGUCCUAGAAUUUCACUGAAAAGCUAGCCUAAAAUAAAUUGCUUUAGCUUCUGGUCAGCACUGAUGAAAAUGUGAAUAGUGAAGUGGCUCUCCUCAGCCUUGGUUUUUCUCGAUCCAUGCUAUCAUAGAUAUCUGGGGUACAUUCAGUCCUUACCUAGUGCUAUUUUACUUGUAUCCAGAAUACUGUAUUAAUUAAAAUUUACUAUGUUCAUUUUUGUA